CCGCAAUUAAAUAAUAGAUUAAUUCUCCUAAUUUUAUAGAUCGUUAUUGUAAACCACAGCAAUGUUAAAUAGCGGUACCUAUAAGAUUCGUUUCUAUCGUAAUAAUCAUUAUGUGUUAGGUAUGUCUUUAAUUACCAACCAUAGCCUAUAUAUAAACAAAUAUCUCAUAUAACCACUACUGUGGUUAUAGCAACAUUUCAAGAUGCACGUUAAAGUUCUGAUUCUUUUUACUUGCGUACUGAUCACGAUCAUGUGUCACGCAACACCGCCGACUGAAAACAAUCAAAACUAUAUCUCUGGCCUUUUGCUUCCCGCCAAUGCAGUAAAAAAUGUAAAUGAACAAAGACCACUCGAAACAAUGCAAAUAGAAAACAAUGAUGUACCCGCUCCCCAGGAUGUUCUUAAGAGCAAUGAGCAACCUCAGACUUUACUUACAAAUUCAAAUUCAAAUCAUCUUCCUAUGAAUUACAAUCAAUAUCAACAACCUGUAUACAACAAUCUUCAACAAGAUCUAGGAAAUCAACAAGCAAGAUUGUCCCAACAAUUGCCACUUACUAAUCAACAAAUAUUUAUACCAAAUCAACAAAUGCCUGCCAAUUAUCAGCAAGCAAUUUUGAAGAACCAACCGUUAUUAGUUAACCAACAACAACCAUCUAACAAACAAGCAAAUGUACCAAGUCAAAUACAAAUGUUAGUUCCUCAAAAUCAGCAGAAUCAACAACAGAUGUUAAUAAGUCAGAUACCUCAAUCAAAUCAAGCAAUGUUAAUUCAACGACCUAUCAGCCAGGACGCACAGCAGACUUUUGCCAUAUUAAUUCCUCAGCCGGUUAACCAACAAGUUCAACCUAAUCAAGCUAUAUUAGUUCAAAAUCCUAAUAAUGUGCAACCACAACAAAAUCAAGCUAUUAUAGUUCAACGCCCAGAAAACCAGCAAGCAUUAUUAGUUCCACAGCAACAAAAUCAACAUCUAUCUAAUCAAAAUGUCACGUAA